CCCCCCGCCCCCGCGACCAAAAAGCAUUUUGUUUCUGAAAAAUUACGAAGAGCGGCGAUUUAUUAAGCGUUCUUUUUCAUGACCCUUCCUUCCUGAAACGUGUAAAAAGUUGCAAAAUGUAAUCUAAACCCUCUGAAAGGCCAUAAAAGGAAUUUACAUGGCCCCUAUUUCCAUGGCAUUUUUUUGGGAAACAGAUUAUACACCUCCCCAAAAAGAAUUUGGUUCUUGAUCCCUCUUGUGUAACUUGUAAGUUCAGUGCCGCAACAGGCCAGCAUAACACGGCAUUAGAGAGCGAACAAAGUAUCCCACUGGGAAACCAGCUGGGCUGGUACAUGUACAUGAGGGUGUAUACAUGUACAUCACUGUAUUAGAGAUAACUGUUUGACCUCGUGGUGACCCAAGAUGGACGCACAGCGAGAAAAAAAAGAAACGAAAACAGCGAUCAGCUGGACGUCACCUGCCGGAAGAGGUAACGAAUGAUGGUCAAGGCCAAGGAGAGGGCGGUCAGCUGGACCAUAAUUCGCUGAGUGAGCUUCAAAUGACGCGUAUCAUGAAUCGCUACAGCCUUCCUGAGAGAUAAAAAGAAACCAUCACCGUAUCAUGGUUGAAAAAAAAAAUUGUACAGGAUCCCUCAGGAUUUGGACACUCCAACAGGAUUUUUUCUAGACAGCUAAUGUAAAAAGAAUGUUCAUAAAAGAGGCGUAUAUUAUAAAACGUACGCUAUCCCGACUGUCCGUCCGAACCAUAACGACGUUGUGUUUCACUCUCUAGCUAAAAGAGGACCCCUUUCGGCAUGAAUGGUUCCGUCCAAGGUCGCCCAACUAGGUUCAUUCCUUUUGUUCUCUAUCCAGACACCAUGCAUUCAAGCAAUGCCGGUGAUGUUUAGAUUUCCCAAUCUACAGACAAGGUGUAUGCACUAUUUAUGGGGGAUGAUGCUGCCUCUGACGGCCCCCAUGUUUCAUUUACAAUUUACAAAAGACUGUCCCCCAGUAAACGGAUUAUCGCACAUCCCGCCCACUCAUCGUUUAGUCACCAGUCAAUCAGCUGAUUGAAGCGACGACUCUUCACCAAACCACGGUGUUGAGGUAUCCCUCCUUGGAGUGACUAAAGAUCACCCAAAGGGUUCCUUUAUUUAUCUUUUUUGGGGGUGCAAAACAAGUGCCAGUCGACCUUUCGACAGACAAUCGCGGGGGUCACGUCAUCGCACAGUAGCGAUGCUGACUUUGUUGACGGCCGGCAAGGUUGAACCGUGCGACCCUGAUCUUGGGGUCUUCAAGUUGCGAUGCACCCUGCAAGUCAGUCACCAAGAGGAGUAAGUCUACCACCGGCCUCCGACACGAUUAACCUACUCGCCGAGCAUCGACCAUGAAGCACGCGGGGGCCGAGGUGCCCGAUGGCCGGGCUCAGGAAACGCCUGGCUCGGUGGAUUACAACCCGACGACGGGCAAGUCUGCAGCCAAAUGCCGUCACCGCAGACAAGUCAGGCAAAGUGGCUUCUCACCGUGUAGUUGGUUCCGGAACGGGGGUUUCAAAUACUUGUUCGUGGUUGUGUGGACGGGUUUAAAUGCAGCUGUGUUCUGUUGGAGCUACAUGCAAUACAAGAUGGAGGCAAAAUACUACUACCUUCGGGGAAUUCUAGGGCUUGGAUUGUGCGUUUCGCGGGGCUCUGCCGCCGUGCUCAAUCUCAACUGUGCCACGAUCUUGCUGCCUAUGUGCAGGUGCUUGCUGUCGCUUAUACGGAGAUCUAAACAUGUUCAUCGCACCACGAGAAAGUGUCUCGAUCGCAGUCGAUUUAUUCACAUCGUUAUUGCGAUCUACAUCUGCCUGGGAACAGCCGUCCACUGUGUCGCCCAUUUCUUUAACGCCGUGAGCUUUUCCGCCAACUACAACGUCAACGUCCCCGACGUGAAUGUGGCUAGCUACCUCGGGGAGAACCCCUGUCGGAUUAUUUUCACAACAGUGCCCGGCGUGACGGGUUGCCUCAUGCUGCUGAUACUAGUAGCCAUUGUCCUGACGUCAUGCCGAGCUGUUAGGGCCUCAAGACAUGAGCUGUUUUGGUACUGUCACCAAUUCUUCUUUGUGUUCUAUGCAUUGCUUAUAUGCCACUCCAUAAGAGGAGUUCUGAAGGAACAGCGUAACACCAACAUGCACACACCAGGCUGUAUAGACACUUCCAUCCCAGCUGCCGAACCGGAACCCCAAUCAUCUGAUUGGUCUGAGCACGAGUCACGUAACUUGCUCAUGAAAUUCAACUCGACGAUGGUGUGUGAAGAGGAACCGGCUUUUGUUCCUCACAGAUCGGAUACUUGGUGCUUUUUAAUCCUACCAGCUGGCCUGUACAUUGGCGAGCGACUGUGGCGACUCUUCAGGAGUUACCGAUGCGUGACAGUCAUUGGUAUUCGAUUUCACGCCUGCGACGUCAUGGAACUUCAGCUGCAUGUGGACCAAUUCCAGGCACAACCUGGGCAGUAUGUCAUGUUGCGCUGUCCCAUAGUGUCACGUUUAGAAUGGCAUCCAUUCACUAUUACCAGGUGUCCAUCUCAAAGAAACUCUACUUUCACUGUGCAUAUCAGAAUUCAGGGUGACUGGACAUGCUCUCUCAGGAAUCUAUUAACCCAAGACUGUAGUCCCGGGAGUGGAGACACUGAAUGCUUAAAGCUGCCAAAAAUCUACAUCGAUGGGCCUUUUGGAAGUCCCAGUGAAGAUGUUUUCCGUUACAAUACCAGUAUAUGUAUUGCCGGUGGUGUUGGGGUCACCCCAUUUGCAGCAGUAUUAAAUUCACUUCUAGAGGCCCAACCAAACAGCACUAAGCUGAGACGGUUGUAUUUCAUAUGGGUGUGUCGGCAUGUGAAGAACUUUGAAUGGUUCAUGGAGACCAUAUCCCAGCUGCAUCAAAAACUGUGGGAGUCCAAUAGACCAGAUGUACUCAUCCUGAGGCUGUAUGUGACCGGUGGGGAGGAGAGAGACCUUCAGGGCACCAGUGCUGCCCAGAAGCUGAUCUUUAGCCGGGUGCGGUGGGGCAGGCCCGACCUCAAGCAGCUCUUCAGUGAAGUCACGCUGUGCAAUCCGGGGUCUAAUGUCGGUGUCUUUGUAUGUGGACCAAAGAAAUUAUCCCUGCGUGUCCACAAGCGGUGCAAUCGUUGGAAUCGACACAAAACCAGGCUUCAUUACAACAAGGAAAGUUUCGGCUGAAGAACGGAACAGAGCUCCGUAUAAUUCCACAGAGCUGAAAACACCCACAGGGAUUACAAAAAACCUCUUUAUGGCAGUGUUGGCUGGUGCCCUGCCAACACUAUUAUUAUUAUAUCCAGCAAAUGUGAUUGGUAAGCAGCUCUGAGGAUUGGGCUUUUAUUCACAAGGUAGCAAUUUUGGGUAAUGUUCCAGAAUCUACUUUGUUUAUAUUAUUUAUUGAAGACUCUGAAAUGGGAAGGAGCCAGACUACAUGUACUUUGCUGCAAUUAUAGAAAUAACCUUGCUGCUGUUCCUAUUUUUUAUUUAGAAAAAAAAGUGACAUGAUCGACUUUUUAUCCACAAUUUGGAUUUACCCCAUGGAGCAGAUGGACGGUAAUCUAUAAUUUACAAUUGCUGCUAUUGCAUUAUCUUCAUUCCCACACAUAUUAAAUUGUUAGAAAUUUUAUACAGGAUUGACUCACUUUCAAUUCAAGGUGGCUGAGGUUGGCUUCCCAGAUAAGAGGGUCAACAGCUCAAGACUGCGCUGACACCCCACUUGUUCACAGGUGCCCCUCCCACUAAUAGGAUGUCGCAAUUUAGCCUAAAUUUAUUCACAUUUCAAGUUGUGGAGUGCCCUGCUGCAGCAAUAUUAUGGUGUGUCCUAAGCUAAGACUAGUCUGUAAUCAACCUCUGUUUGAGGAAGAUACGGGAGAAGACAGACUGGCACUCAGUGGGUCAAAAACUCUCAAACUUUUAGCUAUGAAACUCCACUGACGUUUGCCUUUCUGGGUUGAUGAAGGGAUGAACACAUGUAUUCAAUUCAAAUACAGCAGACACGAGGACAGACAAAACCACACUCACCUCAGUCACUUGCCGAGCUCAGAAAAGGCAGUAUUUUCCUGACCAACAGAGGGCGCCAUAACAAGACAACAUGGGCAAAAUCACCCUGUUCUAAAAGUGGCACCAAAUCCAGUAGAAAGUAAUUUACCUGUAGAUGAUUUUUAAUUUGAUUCCUUGCUGCCAUUAAGUUGUCAAAUUCACAGCCAACUGCCACUUCACAAGGGGAGGUAGAAUGAGAUGGAGCUCAUGUAUUUAUAGACAUUUUCAUAAUGACUGUUCCAAGAAAAAGUAAUGAAAAGAAGCUCCAUGCAAGAGAGUAUGUUAAAUUAUUGUCUGUAAUUUUAAGUUAUUGAAUUAUUUAUAAACAGUGUCUUUACCCUGCCAAGGACUCUUUGUAUUUAACCGAAAACAGUUUCACUUACAAACUGAAGCUUGUCUGUAUUUUUGUAUUUUAAAUUAUACUUUGUACAGUUUUAAAAUAAUAUUGAGUAUUGGUGCUACUAACAUUUCAAGCCUGGUUUAAUAAUUAGUUAGCAAAGUUAUUGAUUUUUUACACUUCAAUACUAGGCCUACUGCUGUAAUAAGCAGUUCCUUCUUUGCGGCGUGUUUGUUUGGUGAUUUAGUGGUCACAGUAGCCACGGAAAUCGAGACAGACUUACCUUAAAC